AUGGCGCCGAUCGAAAUCGAUCGGGAUCCAAGUCUCCUUCCAGCUUUACAGCUAGGAGGACAUAUACUCUUAACGUCAUGUUUAACAGCCCUCGUUUCUCGCACCAUUUAUCGUUCAUACCUGGCACUCCCACCUUCAUCUGCCACAAGACAUCGUCAACCUUUAAGGCGUAAUCAUGUUAGGAUAUUCAUCAGUUUGGCUUUAUUAGGUCUGAUUACUGCUGGAUGGUUCGGUGUGAGUGGGGCGAGUUUAAGCUAUAGAGUUUGGGCACUUGAGAGAGGCGUUGAGCUGCCUGAUAGUCUUUUUGGUGAUAAAGGUGCUUUUCGAUUGGGUCAACAUCCAGGUCGAUUCGAAAUCAUCAGAUGGCUUAACGAUACCCCUUUCUACCGUGAUAAUCUGGAGAUAGUCGCCGAAAAUCCAAGAUACUUUUGGUGGGGUCAACAAGCUAAUUUUGCCAUGAAUUCGUUCAGUACAUAUGUAGCUAUUGAAGGACGCCGAAGAAAUAUCUCUAACCUAUGGGCAUUCAUUCUCCUGGGACAGCUUGUUAAUGUAUCAUUUGCUCAAAACUUGUGGUUCGUAGCUAUUCUGUUGACUCCAGUUCCAUUGCCAGAGAACGUGGAUGUCUUGACUGAUACGAGGAGAGUUUUCGGGAGUGUGCACAAAUUAUGGUUCGAGAAGAUCGUUCCACAAAGAGCUCAUAAUUGGCUACCAAAUUCUGGCUUCUACAUUGCCUCACUUAUCUCUGGGUAUGGUACCUUGUUCUUGACACCUUUUGCGGCCAAUACAUCUUCAUUUGGGACAGUAGCACUCUUAUCGAUGUCGCUUCCUUUCGCACCAUUAUUACUUCCAUACAUUAUACCUGAGCAUUGGGGAACUACGUACGAUCACCCACAUGAAGCUCAUUCUUCAUACAAGAGAAUUUUUCGCAGUCUCUCCAUGAUAUCCUCGAUUCUUCAUGUUAGAACCACGGGAUUGGCUUUACUCUAUAAUACACCAGAGAAUCACUAUUACCGCCACAGUCUACUUCAUCCUCUCGACAAGGUCAAUCGAUCAAACACAUCUCGUGCAUUCACAGCCUUAGAAAGAGUCUUCGGUGCAAUAUCAGACCACCCUGCUGUAGCGUCUGUCGGAUAUGAUGUUAUUCUAUCCGGGUUAAGUCUUGGGACAUGGGCUGCUGUGAGAGGAUUAGAUGGUAUUGAGAUUUUACGAGUGGUCAUCCCUUGGAUGAAGAAAGAUAAAGCAGGGGUAAAGGUUAAGGAGGAAGUGGAAGGUAUCUCUCAACUUGACACUCCCUCUCCUAUUCGUCGCCGAGGCCGUCCUAGGAAAUCCAAUAGAUCCUCACAAGUUGUCGUAUAUGUCCCAACGGCUACCACUACUCCAAAUCUAGCCGAAGGUGAUCAUGAUGAGGAUGAAGAUUGGGAAAUUGCAGCUCUUACAUGGGGUGUAUUGUCCGCUACAGGUCUAGGUGUUGGCAGCGCUGGAGUUUAUGGCGCGAAGAUGACGGCUAGGUGA